AUGGCAGUACCAAACAGUGAUAUUUUAGCAGCCUUACAACAGCAAAUGGCUGCACAACAAGCAAUGAUUGAGCAAAUCAUGCAAAAUCAAGAACUCCAGAAUCAACAACAACCCACUUUUCAACACCCACUUUUCAACACCCAACAACAAGUACAUUCUUUUGAGACACAACCCCAUCAUGAUUGGAGUCCUUCUCGAGAAUUGUCGCAACUAUUGGUCCAGGAAUGUCUGACAACCAACAUAAGCAAUUGA